CAGAAAAUACCAGGAACCACAAAACUUGGGUGGGUGUGGCUGGGUGGGAGUGACAUUGAGUUGGCCACGCCCGCCCAGGCUUUGUGGCUCCCACAAAGUGGUUUCUUUUCUGUGGGAAGCGGUCCAAAUGGCAUUUGAGUGUUUAAAGUUGCAGACCCCUGCGCUAGGCUAAAGUUUGCAGUUGAAAACAAACAAGUAAGCAAGCAAACAAACAAACAAAAAGAGGUUGACUAAUCCUGAUAAGCAAAACCUGUGCCAUAUCCUCUGUGAGGUGCCAAAAGUUGAAUAGUAUUGUUGUAUGAUACGGGUGUUUGUGUAAUCAGAAGCCACCAUUUUAGGAAUUAAAUGGCAGACAUAAGAACCUAAUGGGAAUUAUUUCCCCGCCCCUGCUGCUUGUAAUCUGUUUUUAACGAAGUGAUUCAUGCAUGGAAUUGUGAGUUUGAUUUAGUUUAGUCUUGAAGGCAUUUUUCUACCUAUAGGUUGGGAUGUAAACAACUAGCUCGCAAGAAACUAUUUGCAAACAUGGAUCUAUUCCGGUUAAUCUAUUAUGAUGAUUAAAUGCUAUAGAUGAAAGGCCAAAUAUAGAUUUUUGAAACUUUAUUGGUAAAUAUUAAUGUAUAAUGGUGAUCAGAAGAAAGAAUUAGACCAGAAAAUGCUGUCACUGAGACAUUUUCUUCAUGAUAAUUGAUGGUGGUUAACUUAGUUCAAAAUGCAUAAUCCCUCUAGGGAAGGGGUCUCCAACCUUGGCAACUUUAAGACUUGUGGACUUCAACUUCCAGAGUUCCUCAGCCAGCUUUGAAGUCCACAAGUCUUAAAGUUGCCAAGGUUGGAGACCCCUGCUCUAGGGCAGUAUUUCUCAACCUUGGCAGCUUUAAGGUGGAUGGGAAUUCUGGGAGUUGUAGUACACACCUUGUAAAGCCGCCAAGGUUGAGAAAGACCGCUACAGGUAAUCCUCGAUUUACAAUAAUUCAUUUAGUGACUGCUUGAAGUUACAGCGGCACUGAAAAAUGUGACUUAUGACCAGUCCUCACACUUAUGGCUCUGGCAACCUCCCCACUGUCAUGUGAUUAGAAUUUGGGCACUAACAGCCGGCAUAUAUUUGUGACAGUUGCAUUAUCCCUGGGAUUGUCUGAUUGCCAUUUGUGACCUUCCCAGUCGGCUUCUAAACAAACAAAGUCAACGGAAGGUGCUAGAAUCAUUUAAUGACUGCUUCAUUCAUUUAAAAAUAUCAAUGAUUCACUUAACCUUGGCAGAAAUGGUCAUAAAAUUGAGUGCUUAACAAUAAACUUGCUUGGCAACAGAAGUUCUGAUCCCAGUUAUGGUCAUGUUGAGGAUUACCUGUAUAGAGUUGAUCACAUUGUUUAUCACAAGAAAAAUGUGCUUGUAAGAAGCCAAAAUGUGAGUUUGGCUCAGUGGGCUAUAAGAACUUGAUUGUUUGCAUUAGUAAACCAUUUAGGUGAAGCUAAGAGGGAUGUGAGAAACAGUGAUUGUGCCCGAUUCCACAGACUGGGAUCUGAAUUCACGUAGUCCUAAUGGACAAUCAUUCAAAUAUGAGCCAGCGGUGUGCUGUAGUGGCCAAAAAAGCCAACACAAUUCUAGGCUGCAUAAACAGAGGGAUAGAAUCAAGAUCAUGUGAAGUGUUAAUGCCACUUUAUAAUGCCUCAGUAAGGCGACACUUGGAAUGCUGCAUCCGGUUUUGGUUGCCACGAUGUAAAAAAGAUGUGGAGACUCUAGAAAGAGUGCAGAGAAGAACAACAAAAAUGAUUAGGGGACUGGAGGCUAAAACAUAUAAAGAACAGUUGCUGCAAGUGGAUAUGUCUAGUAGUUUGAUGAAGAGAAGGACUAGUGGAGACGUGAUAGCAAUGUUCCAAUAUCUCAGGGGCUGCCACAAAGAAGAGGGAGUCAAGCUAUUCUCCAAAGCACCGGAGGGCAGGACAAGAAGCAAUGGGUGGAAACUAAUCAAGGAGAGAAACAACUUAGAACUAAGGAGAAAUUUCCUGACAGUUAGAAUAAUUAAUCAGUGGAACAACUUGCCUCCAGAAGUUUUAAAUGCUCCAACAUUGGAAGUUUUUAAGAAGAAGUUGGAUAACCAUUUGUCUGAAGUAGUGUAGGGUUUCCUGCUUAAACAGGGGGAUGGAUGUAUAUGAAUCUUCCUUCUCUUUUUUUACUUAGCUUGCACUCUAGAACUCGCCACCCUAUUCUGAGAUCUUUGUCUUCACUGAUGCAUCUGCUAAAGGUGCUCACCUGAAGAAAAGCGUGGAAUCCCUAAUUCAGCAUAAGAAGUGCAAGGUUCAGAUAAAUGUAUCCAAUAUGGACCAUCCCUUGGACUGCCUUGGGCAUCUCCUGUGGAUGCUGAUGUUGGUUCAUUUUCCACUGCAAGAAGUCCACGGGUUUUUCCCCAACAUCUGGUCUCGGACCAUGGGCUUCACCUGGGGAUCCAUCACCCACCAGGACAUGACUGAAGAUGCAAUUCUGAACGUCACUCUUCGCCUCUUUUCGGCGAUGCCUCACCCUAUCACGGGGAACCGCAUCCAAGAAGAGGACUUUAAGGACAAGACCCUACUGGCUGAUGACAUCUUUGCCGCUUUCUAUGGUCCUGAGGUGUCCGCCAAGCGUUUCCGCGGAGCUGUCGCAGAAGUGGCCAACGCCAAUGCCGCCAUGGACUUUGGGAAUACGACCAGAGAUGACCCCGUUUUCCACUUCGAUUCGGAGCUCAUUCAGUCCGCCAAUAGCUGGCUGUUGCAUGUUCGCAAAGAGAUCCUUCAAGCUGUGCGUUCUGAGCAAUACGGCAUUGCCCGAAAAAAGCUGGGACAGCUGCUCCAUUCUUUGCAGGAUUUCUACAGCCACAGUAACUGGGUAGAACUGGGAUAUGAUGGAAUACUCCUUGACUUGGUUCAGCCGGGCCGUGAAAUUCAGUCUGUCGCUGAAGCUGGCAUCCGGACUUGUCACGAUUGCUCUGAAUGGACUUGCAAAGGAAAUCUCCUGGAGAAGCUUGCUGUUCUCACCACGGGUUACUAUGGUACCCAUCCUGAAAAGCCUACUGGGAAGUGCAGUCAUGGUGGGAGGUUCGAUGAGAGCCGCCAUCAAGAACCUCGAGGCGGCAUCAAUAAAGACAGUGCCUCCAUGUUCUUCUCACCUCACCAUUACCUGCACCAGAAGGCAGCUAGGCUGGCCCAGGAGGCCUCCAUACACUUCCUGGAGAAGAUGUGGCGAGAAAUAGGGAGCAGGCAGUUUAUGAGGUUGCUAGAUAUCAGCCCAACCACAGGCCUGAGCUUCGUUGUGGACACCACUGGAAGUAUGGGGGAAGAGAUCAGCGCGGCUAAGUUUCAGGCACGGGAGAUCAUCAAGCGGCGCCAAGGCACCCUUCAACAACCAGAUUUUUACCUCUUGGUGCCUUUUCACGAUCCUGGUUUUGGACCAGUCAGUAAGACCAGGGACCCUGAUGAAUUCUGGAAAGUCUUAAACACCAUCAGCCCAUUGGGUGGUGGAGAUGAACCUGAAAUGUGUCUGUCAGCCCUGGAGCUUGCCCUCCAGAACUCGCCACCCUAUUCUGAGAUCUUUGUCUUCACUGAUGCAUCUGCUAAAGAUGCUCACCUGAAGAACAGUGUGGAAUCCCUAAUUCAGGAAAAGAAGUGCAAGGUGACCUUCCUAAUCACAGAAGACCCAUCAAAGACUCGAACGAAGCGGGAAACUCUUGCCCCAAACCGAUUCGACUUGUACGUUCAUUUGGCUGAGAGUUCAGGAGGCCAGAUUAUAUUCACAGACAACGAUAAUAUCCGGCAGAUGGCUGAGAUUAUUGGCGAAUCCAGUUUAUCUUCGGUGACUCUCUUUCGCUACCACAAAGGAAACAUCUUGAGACCUAAAGGGACUCAACGCAGGACAAAGAAGCAGGCUCUCCAGUUGGCAAACCAUCAGUUCUGGAUUGACAGUUUGGUGGACCACGUGGUGGUGACUAUCCAAGGCUCCGUGGAAUUCUUUGAAAUAAGGGACCCUACAGAUAGAUUCCAAACUGAUGCGACAAUUCACGGUCCCUUAGCCAAGAUCCAGUACAUUGGUGGAAUUUAUAGAGCAUUCCUUUCUGCUCCUGUCCAUCCUGGAGAAUGGACUUUGAAACUUCGGUCCAAAGGGCAUUAUUCGGUGUACAUUCAAGGUCGGAGCACCCUCAAUUUCUUGUAUUAUUUUGCUGUUCCUGUUGAUGGUCGUCACCCAGGGUUAUUCAUGCUGGAUAGUCCCCCUGUUGAAGGUUUGCCUACUUACCUGGUUGUCAUGGCAAUUGGUCUGAAUCAGACUAAGUCGGGCUCCGUUCAGCUACAGUCGGUGAACUUAGAAGCAAGAACAGGCAGCCUCGGGGAGUUAAAACUACAGAGAAGAGACAGUCGGAUGGACCUGUUUGUGGCCGAGCUGCCUCCGACUCUAUCAACCACCAACAGCUUUUCCAUAGUGGUACAUGGAAUGGAUGGUGAGGGCCAGAAGUUGGAGAGAUCUGCUCCUCAAGUUGCAACUGUCACAGGAUCCCUCCUAGAGCUGAGCAGAGAGACUCCUGUGUUCCCAGGAAGACGUGUUUCCAUCUCCUGGAAGGUCACAAAUCCUGGUGCACCUAAAUAUUAUGGACUAAAAGUGAUCAGUCUUCCCCGGAUUCCAGCCAACAUCUCUAAUGCCAGACUGCAAUUAGGCUUGAACCAAACGGGGACAGGACAUAUAUUCCUGAACAUUCCUGAUACAGCUCUACCUGGGUCACUGAUUACAAUAACCUUGCAGGCCAGCUCUCUCAACUCCUCUGCAGAUCCUGAUUUCGCCCAUAUGGAUCUUCUGGUGAUGCCCCAACCGCCGGUGGAGACCAUCUCAUCCCCAGUAUGCAAUGUCACAUCUUCAGAGAAUUCCUGUGGCCCGCCACAGUCCCCUUGUCGCAGCCAACGAUGGAGAGCCACCUUGCAGAUCUGGGACAAAGCCGGUCUUCACUCCGUGCAGGUGGAAAACGGUCCGGUGCUUCCUCACCAAGCCCAUGGGCUGGUGGAAGUAGUCACGUACACCUCAGAUUGUUGCUCACGGCAGGCGGAACUGGUGGUCACCAACCUUCUUGGAGAGAAAUACCGGUGCCAAGUUGAAGUGAUGCCUCCUGCCCUUCCUGGCAAAAGAGUAACCGCACCUCCAGAAGAUUUUAGGAUGAUGGCAGAUGCUGCUGGUGCUGCUGAUAGAGCCGUUGCUCCUUCUGCCAGGAUCUGGUGGUGGAUCUCAACAAUCUUAUUGGCCAUGGUGUGGCUAGGACAGUAAGGUUGCCAUUUAUGGUACUUCUCGGUGUUCUGGCUGCCCUCUGCUGGGAAAUGAUGGCAUUUUACCUUAUUGAAGAGUGAAGUUAAAAAGAGAGGAUGGACUGAGCAGGAGAGCAAAAUCUAACAUUAGAUGAAGGAAGGAAGGAAGGAAGUCCUCAAAGGACCAUUGUAGGAUGUCACAUUGGAAGUCCUGGUCAAUGUGACGGGAAAGUCACUAAAAUUCUCCUACCGGAUUGGAAGGGCUGAGUUAGCGAGAGAACAAGAAUCUUUUUCUUUAAUGGGGUAGUAGAGCAUCCAUUAACACAAUCUUGUGGUUUUUGACCGGGUAGCCAGGACUGUCCAUCUAUUAGGUGGUGUUUCCUAAGUAUGAACUUGCUCUCUAGUGUGAGAUGGGGCUCCUUGAAAAAUUUUUUUAACUGGACAUGGUAGGAUAGUUGUACUGAUCAGUAUGCAGAGGAUGGGCUUUAGCCCUAGGACGUGAUUUCCCAAGAGGAAUUGUCCAAAGGCCUAUGUGGGGCCUGAACCCACAGUCUUGCUGCUAGUAACCACGUGCUUUGAUGGACAGUACUAGUUUUUGGGGUUGCUAGUCCUACAGGCUAAGCAUGCUUAGCCCCGUCUCUUGGCAUCAUUCCAUCCUGGGUGACUCUGCCACGCGUGCAUGGAGUCUGCUGCCAUUCUUUCGGCUUCUCCGAAUGUCUCUGGUCUUCAGUUGUAGGUGUUUACUCUUCUCUGACCAUAGGAACCUGCUUCCAGUUCCACCUCCUUACUCUUAACUCCCUAGAAAUGGGAUUAAUUUUGUUUCGGAGCCGCUUCUGCUUAAAACAGCCGUCAGAGUGUUUACAGCGGGACGACUAUUUUGAGACAACCCCAGGAGCAAAAUACAGGACACAGAGGUUUUGUCUUUACAAACAGUGGUUUAUAUACAAGACUUCUAUAUACAGACGUACACGUGGUAGGUAGACAUACCAGGCAAGCAAGCAAUCUUCAACUCUACACGGAGAGCUACAAUGCAGAUAGAACACAAGGAGGAGAGAGAUACAGGAGGACAGAGAGAGAGAUGCCCUCUAAUGGCCUCCCUUAUAUAGACAGCUUCUUAAAGCGGCAGCAACUACCUUGCUGACUCAUCCUCAGUCUUAAAGGGGCAAUAACCCUGCUGACUCAUCCUCAGUUCAUCAUCUUGGUCCACAGCGUUACAAUGGCUGGUCAGCUUUAAAUCUGCAUUACACUGACAACAGCCUUCCCCAACCUGGUCUCUUUUUGAGAUGCGUUGGAAGUCCCACGGUCCCCCUGAGCAUGAAAGGAACACAAUUGAAAGGCACAAGGGGAAAUUUGGGGAAAUUUGAAAUGAAGGCUUAUAGAAGGUUCAACCACAGCAUGUUCUGGAAAGCUGAUAGAUAAUUCCUUGUGGUGCACCCCAUGCCUAAAUGCAGAUACAUCUCAGUUUCACUCCAUAGUGAUUGUGCUUUUGAUAUAGAAAUGCUUACAGGUAGGUCAAUGACACUGUAAUGAUUAAACUGUGAACAGAUAGGUGUAUUACUAACAUUUACAGCAUUUUUAUGUAGGCAACCAACAUUCUCUGAAACGUAGAGAGCAUUAAUUCAAAAGAUCUAGAGUGCCACUUUAGGAAGAGAAUGUUCUAAUAUUGAAGAGAGAGAAUGGUUUGGAUUGUAAAAUAUGUAUCUAAGUGCUAAGGCUAACACUUAAGUGCUACUAUUGGUAGCCUUCCAGCUUCUCUAUAUAGAGAAAUAGAAAGGUUUUUUGAAGUGGAUAAAAUAUAUAUAUAUAUUUUCAAUUCAGUGAAUUUUGAAUAUUUUUUCUGUGAGUGAAAAAAACACAGAAUUGUUUUUAGAACAUAGAAUAAUAAAUGUCUAUGGAGAUUCUCGGUCUCCCAGGUCAUGAUUGUCCCAAAGGUGCUUUUUCAAGAGGCAAUUGGACUUUCUUGCUUUUCUUUGAAGACGUUUCGCUUCUCACCCAAGAAGCUUCUUCAGCUCUGACCAUUCGCCACCUUCCAUUGAGAGCUGAAGAAGCUUCUUGGAUGAGAAGUGAAACGUCUUCAAAGAAAAAACGGAAAGUCCAAUUGCCUCUUGAAAAGGCAAUCUUUGGGAUAUAAAAUAAUAGAGUUGAAAGGGACUUCGGAGGUCUUCUAGUCCAACCCCCUGCUCAAGGAGGCGGCUCUUCUUUGUUGGCAGCCCCUGAGAUAUUGGAAGACUGCUAUCAUGUCACCCUUGCUCCUUCUUUUCAUUAAAGUAGACAUACCCAGUUCCUGUAACUGUUGUUCAUAUGUUUUAGCCUCCAGCCCUCUAAUCAUCUUUGUUGCUCUCUUCUGCACUCUUUUUAGAGUCUCCACAUCUUUAAUAUGGUGAAAGCAGUAUUCCAAGCGCAGCCAUACUAAGGCUUUGUAAAGUGGUACUAACACUUCUCGUGAUCUUGAUUCUGUCCUAUUAAUGCAGCCUAGGAUUGUGUUGUCUUUUUUGGUUGCUGCUGCAGACUUGUUUUGUUUUUUGGCGGCUGCUGCAAUAGCACUUAGACCUAUAUACCUCUUCACUCUAAGCAGUUUACAGAGUCAGCAUAUUUGCCUCCAACAAUCUGGGUCCUCAUUUUACUGACCUCGGAUGGAUGGAAGGCUGAAUCAACCUUGAGCCGGUCAAGAUCGAACUCCUGGCAAUCAGCAAAAUUAGCCUGCAAUACUGCACUCUAACCGCUGCGCCACCACAGCUCAGUGCACACACCCCUUUUGAUCCUUCUUACCUUCGGAGUAGCCAAAAGAGCUUGUUAAUUUAAUUGCUUUUCCAGGCCAGAAUCCUUGGUGGUUACAUGUAGUCCUUUCAUGUGUUUUGCUGGCCUCUCUUUGUAUUAUUCCACGGCAGAAUCUAGGAAUAACCCCUUUGGCUUGAUUUUUACCUUUGGGCUGGAAUAAAGAUGGAAUUUUGUGCAUCUUAAGAAAUUCUCCUCUUUAGACAAGCGUCUUCCAGGUGAUGAUGGGGCCAUCAGUCACAGAAUUGUCGCAUCUAAUUAUUCACUCAAUCCAGUGGUGGGAUUCAAAAUGUUUUACUACCUGUUCUGUGGGUAUAUCUUGGUGGGUGUGGCAUGGCUUGGUGGGUAUGGCUUGGUGGGUGUGGCAAGGGAAGGAUACUGUAAAAUCUCCAUUCCCUCCACAUUCCAGGGGAAGAUUACUGCAAAAUCCCCAUUUCCUCCCAAUCAGCUGGGACUCGGGAGGCAGAGAAUAGAUGGGAGGUGGGGCGAGUCAGAGGUGGUAUUUACCGGUUCUCCGAACUACUCAAAAUUUCCGCUACCGGUUCUCCAGAACUGGUCAGAACCCGCUGAAACCCACCUCUGACCCAGUCUCUUGACCACUUUGAAUCUCCAUUAAUUUAUCAUCUCCAGAUACCGUGAAAUCAUUCAUGAUACCCCUGUUUCCCCGAAAAUAAAACAUCCCCUGAUAAUAAGCCCAAUCGGGCUUUUGAGUGCAUGCGCUAAAAUAAGCUCCAUGCAAAAAUAAGCCCUCCCCGAAAAUAUUUAAAUGCAGAGCUGGAAAUCAGGUAACACAGCAAGAGGAGCCCCAUCUUGCUCCACGCACCCCAAAAUAAUAAGACCUCCCCAAAAAUAAAGCCAAGCGCUUAUUUGGGGGUUCAAAAAAAUAUAAGACAGGGUCUUAUUUUCGGGAAAACAUGGUAUAAAUCCAUUCCCCUGGAGGAUCCCUUAUCCAUUCCCAUUUUCCUGGUCAAUGCACCAAAAUUCAAAGAUAAGAGGGGUGGGGGGGAAAAACCCUGGAUGAUGCAGGAUCUGGAGCAGUCAAUCCAUUAUUGUGCUUUGGGAAGGAAGCUAUCCGUCUUUAUCCAUUAGAUCAAUGUUUCUCAACCUUGGAGUUUUUGAAAAUGUGUGGACUUUCGAAGCUGUGCUGGCUGAGGAAUUCUGGGAUUUUAAAGUCCGCACAUCUUCAAAUUGCCAUGGUUGAAAAACACUGCACUAGAUAAAGUAGCGUACUAGUUCUCUCUUUAGAGAUCGUUGAGCAGGCCUCUGGAUCUCAGGCUUCUUCUGUGUUGCUGGUGCUACAAAUUAAGUCCUAGAAUGCCUUUCUUAAGUUUCUUCUUAGACCAGGGGUCUCCAACCUUGGUCCCUUUAAGACUGGUGGACUUCAACUCCCAGAG